AUGUGUUAUGUGUAUUCCUGCAUCAUUUGGACGCUCAUUCCACGACCUAACUUAAGUUUUGUGUCACCAGGUCGCCUGUGUCCCCGGCGUGACCGCGUGACGUGUCCGCUGCACGGCCGCGUCAUCCCGCGCACUAGCGCGUCAGGGGAGCCAGACCUCGCCUACGCCAAGGCCUUACUAGCCGCCGCCCGGCGCCGCUUUGAUGCAAACGCUGCUGAAACUAGUUCCGAGUUAACGAAUUCUUCCGCUGCUGCAACUAGUUUGCAGUCUCCAAACUCUUCAGCUGCUGAAACUAGUGCCGAGUUAACGAACUCUGCCGCUGCUGCAGCUAAUGCACAGUUAACGAACUCGUCCGCUGCUGGAACUAGUGCCGAGUUAACGAACUCGUUCGCUGCUACAACUAGCUUGCAGUCAAAGAGCUCCUCCGUUCCAACAACUAGUUCACAGUCGCCGAACUCUUCCGCUGCAACAACUAAUGCACAGUCUGCGAACUCUUCCCCUGCAACAACUAGUGCGCAGUCACUGAGCUCUUCCGCUGCAACAACUAGUGCGCAGUCAAAGAACUCCUCCGCUGUAACAACUAGUGCACAGUCUCUGAGCUCUUCCGCUGCAACAACUAGUGCACAGUCUCCAAAUUCUUCUGCUGCUGUAACCACUGAAACUCGGAUGUCUUGUAUAAAUUCAUAUACUGGUAAUAUGUCCAGUUUUUCUGAGGUUGAUAGUAAAAAAUGUGGUGUACCAGGCGAACAUAAAACUUCCAAAGAUAAAAAGAGCCUAGUAAGCAAACUCAACCAAAUGAGUGCCGAUUCUCUUCACUCCACUAAGUGCGGUGAAAAAAUUGUCAAAAACCACACGGCAUUUCAAUCAACCAGCAUAUUGAAAUCUAUGUCGCAUUCUAGGCAAUCAUUAAGAGGCAAUCCUGGAUUGAUGUUGGCACAAAGCGAUUAUUCUGCACAUACAAGAAGAGAUAACAACACAAAUGUUCGAGAUGGAAGUCUUUCUUCCAAUAAUAAGGUUGAUAGCAAUAAUAUUCUUGCUGGAGAUCGUAUUGAAGCAAGUGCAAAUACUGGUGACAGCCGAGCUUGUAAAAACACAGAUGAAGAUAUUUCUACGGACAAAGGCGAUGCGGACAGAGAUGAUUAUAUGAUGAUUUCUGCGGACCGAGAUGAUUAUAUUUCUGCGGACAAAGACAAUAAUAUUCCUGUGGAUACAGAUGAUAUCCCUGCGGACAAAUACAAAGACAUAUCAUCAGACGAAGUUCAAUCGGUGUGUGCGGCCGAGGAGUUGGUGCGGGCGGUUGAGGCCGCUCUGCUGAAGGACCGGCGACGGCGGAUGAACCUGGACCAGGACUGGCAGGACCCCCUCCUGCUGGCCGAGAUCAGGGCGGCCACCGGCGUCGACCUCGACAUGAGGACACUCAAGAAGAGGCGACGUGGAGAGGAAGGUGGUCUCACGGACCUGAAGAAGGCUGAGGACACGCCUCACCGGCGCCUCGAGAAGAAGGUGUUCUCUAAACGGGCUCUCAAGAGAAGGCACUGACUCUCUAAACGGGCUCUCAACAGGAGACUCGCUGACUCUCUAAACGGGCUCUCAACAGGAGGCACUGACUCUCUAAACGGGCUCUCAACAGGAGGCGCUGACUCUCUAAACAGGCUCUCAAGAGGAGGCGCUGACUCUCUAAACGGGCUCUCAACAGGAGGCACUGACUCUCUAAACGGGCUCUCAAGAGGAGGCGCUGACUCUAAACGGGCUCUCAACAGGAGGCGCUGACUCUCUAAAUGGGCUCUCAACAGGAGGCGCUGACUCUCUAAACGGGCUCUCAACAGGAGGUGCUGACUCUCUAAACGGGCUCUCAACAGGAGGCGCUGACUCUCUAAAUGGGCUCUCAAGAGCAGAGCUUUGAUUUUCGCUCAUUUAAACGCCAUCAAAAUAUUUCUCAAGUUCAACUAUCGAAAUUACGACAAUGAGCUCGUAGUAAUAUAACGUUCAU